AUGUCAUUAUCGCCGCUUACCCUCGCGCGAUGACGCAUGACUGCACCUCAGCACGGAUCUGAUCUCAUGCUGCCCUAGUAUAUAAUGAGAUGGACACAACAACACCGAAUUUGAACCAUCUUUCUUCGUCGUCUACUCUAUUGUUUGGUAAAAUCAAGACGCGAAUUGCUUCUCGUUUGUAUUCAGAAUUAUUCCCAUGAUCGCUAGAACAUAUCUCGGGACUACUGCAGACCUAACCGACACUGAGACCAAAGAUAUUUCUGUUGGUCUAGAUGCGCAAUUCAACGAGGUAAUGAUUACUGCGUUGACGCAUGGAAUAUACACUGGAGUAGUAGCCGUCACCUUGUGGACCAUUGCUUCAAGAAAUAACAACUGCAAUUAUGGAAGGCCGCGUCCCUUCGUUUUUGUCAUAUUGCUUUUGUAUCUUCUGGCGACUUUCAACCUUUACUGCCAAUGGGCACAGAAUUUCUCAUGUUUUCCCACCACCGAGGAAUCCUUUUCGCAGGAAUACAUGUAUAACCGUACUCAGGACACUCCUAUCCUACUGACUAUGGGGAUCGAUGCAAUUCUGAGCACGGUAUUGGCUGACGCAACUUUGGCAUGAGAUUCAAUAUUUGUUUUUUGCCGUGUCCUCGCUCAUGGUUUCCUAGAUAUGGCGUUCCUGGACUGUCUGUGGUCAGACAUGGCGCGUU